AUGAUGCUUAGAAGAAAUGCGGUGAGAUCGUUAAAAACUAUGGAAAUAAGCGUAAGCAACGUUGUUAACUCCGGUUCGAUAGCAAUGCUGAGAGGUAAGCUUGCCAACGUAGUUCUUAGCGACCGUACUUACCACUCCAGUCCGAUAUUUCAUAAAAAUGUACCUAAGGGCGUUUUGGACAAGAAGAAUGGGCGAGAACAGCGCAAAACAGAACAGAAUGUGUUUAAUGUGGAUCCAGCUUCUCCAUGGCGCCACGAGCUUCUUUCGUUUGAUGAGUGUGUAUCAUCUGCUUUAAAGUACUCUACCACGCCUUUGCAAAAUACAUACAAAAGAAUAGGAAACAACCAAUUGAAUAAAAAUCCAUCAUUCGCCAUGUUUUGGGACUCCAUGGGCAGAGCAAUGGAGUUAUACUAUUCUUUGAGAGAAUCGCCUGAUUUCAAUGCGUACCGGGUGUCACGUUUGAUUCAUCUGCUGCAUAACGGUCUGAGGUCGACGAGAGACCAAUUGGUAAAAUUAAGUAGAAAGCCAGACUACGAUUCGCAAUCUUUUCACAAGGAAAUGAUGAACUUUCUAUGUAAUUCAUUAAAGGAUAUAUCUGAUGACAUUUUGAUAGGCAAGGUGUCUGUCAGCGGAUAUGGAGCUACUCAUCUAUUGACUUCAUUUAAAGAGCUGUCAUUUGACGAUGACUGUAUUCGAAUUUGGGAAGCGUCAAAGAAUUUGUCCGACGAGACUACUUCACAGGCAUUCCAAGAACCAAAAGUGGUUGGUUUUAUGCUGCCAUUACUUUAUGCAAAAACGCGUUCUCUGACUGAGCCUAACGAGCUAUAUAACCAAAUUAUUCAAUCCAAAGAAUUUAUCCAUCCCAAUCUUUACAGCGGACUGAUAAAAGUCUUCAUCAAGGCGGAAGACUACGAAAAGGCAUUAUCCCUCUUCGGCCAAUUAUGUGAAAAGGCUGAAGUGAGGAAUUACGGUUAUUUAAUUGAAACGCACUUAAGCUUCAUUGGUGAUUCCAAGAAUUUAACGUUGGCAGAAAGUUUCUUUGACAAAAUUAUCAACGAUGAAAUGCCAUACAAGAUUAUUUUACAAGUCUCUACAGUGAACUCUUUUUUGCAGAAUAUAUGGAAAGCACAGAACGAUUUUGAUCAUGUUUAUAGAAUAUGGGAAAAGGCUGUAAAAUUUUAUGGUAACACUGUUAAUCCUGGAAUUUUGUCCUCACUAAACAACACUUUUUUCACAAUAUUCUUCGAAAACUAUAUUAAUGACAAUAUCAAUGGUUUCCGUAAGCUUCAAGAAAUCAUAACGUUUUACAGUGGGGUCAAAAAAAUUGAUGAACCAUUUUUUAACGUUAUGUUAACUAGAGCAUCUAUCUGGCACGAACGCAGCAUAAUCGAUUUUAUCGAUAAAAACUAUACUUUGUACCAUAUUCCAAGAACUAUUAUAUCAUAUAGAAUACUACUGAAAUCAUUGGGAAGCAUAGACAACACGAAUAAUGAAGAGAUUCUGGAUAGAUGGCUGGAGUUGGUCAAGAAACUGAAUGAAUUGGGCCAACAAUAUAUAGCCAAUGCUGAUCUGUCCGCUUUGAGGGAUGCCACUGUCGUAUGGUCACAAUCAAAGAGGGAUGAAAAGGUCUUUUCUGCAAAAGCUAAAGGAACACCAGCAACGACUACGACCACAGAAGACGACAUAAAAGUUCCGAAGCCAUUGGAAAAUUUGAAAAAUGAGGAUUCUACUUCGAAUUCAGAAGACAGAAUAGAGCUGUACUUGAAAAUAUUAAAAAGAUAUACGCCCUACUUUCGCGCUACCAAGCAAGUAUAUAGGUAUACCACUGGAUGCGCAGAGUCAUACCCAAUAUUAAAUGAGUAUCUGAGCGGUUAUUCUGACUUGAGUGCCGAGGACAUUCCUGUUCCUCAACUACAUAGCUUUAUUGCUAAGGAGCAAUAG